CGCGUGCGCCUCCUGGUCUUUUGGUCACUCCACUGUUGGCUUCUGGAGAUGAGACAUGCCCCAGAGACUGACGCUUUUCCUGUAGUUAGAUUAGCCAGCGCCUGUUUGCCAUCAUAUUGCGCUCCUUGGAGUGAGGGAGCAAUCGAGAAGAGUUUGGCGGCUGCAGGGCGCGCGGCGCGCACUAGAACCAGCAGACGAAACAGAGGAUAAAAAUGAAUGCCACGGACGUUUUCUGCCGUAACAACUCUAUAGAGCCAUUAUGUGCAAACGCAACCGCUUCGUCUCCGAGCUUCAUCGACAUCACUACUUUCAUGCACAUUCUUCCGUCCAUCUAUGGCAUCCUGUGCGCUGUGGGAGUUCUGGCCAACGGGUUGGUCAUUUACGCGGUGGCUGCGUGCAAGAAGAAAAUGGUGUCGGACAUCUACGUGCUCAACCUGGCCAUAGCAGACAUGCUUUUCCUGCUGGUGAUGCCUUUCAACAUCCAUCAGUUGGUCCGAGACAGGCAGUGGGUCUUCGGCAACUUUAUGUGCAAGGCGGUGGUGGUGGUGGAUGUCAGCAACCAGUUCACCACCGUGGGAAUAGUAACCGUGCUCUGUAUUGAUCGGUACAUUGCCAUCGUUCACCCCACCUCAGAGCGGCGGACCAUUCAGUGGACUAUCAUAAUCAACGUGCUGGCGUGGAUCGGCAGCUUUCUCCUCACUGUGCCGGUUAUGAUGUAUGCCAAAGUCGUACGUAGAGAGCAUUUGGAGAUCUGCAUGAUGUAUCUAGAUGGGCCCGAGGACAUGUACUGGUACACACUCUACCAGUCCAUCCUGGGCUUCAUCAUCCCGCUCAUCAUCAUCAGCACCUUUUACUCGCUCACGCUCUACCACGUGUUCAGCUCCAUCCGUCGGGUUAAACGCAAGCAGACUGUGUGGGCCAAGAGGGCCACCAAGAUGGUGCUGAUGGUUAUCGCGCUGUUCCUGAUCUGCUGGUCGCCCUACCAUGUCAUCCAGGUGAUCAACCUGAGCAACAAUUACCCGACUGUCGCCUUCAUCUACGUCUACAACAUCAGCAUCUGCCUCAGUUACUCCCAUAGCUGCAUCAACCCGCUGAUGUUGCUCAUCUUUGCCCAAAAUUACCGUGAACGUCUUUGUCGCCGAACCACGCUCAACAGUUCCCAACACUCAUCCAAAGUGACUGUCGUGAAAACAGAGGGAUCCAGUAUGGCCGCUGACCCCGGUUAUCGUUGUACUGCCAUUUAGUGAGGAAACAUUUCUGGCAGAGAGAGAUGUGGACAUGUUGCUUUUUGUUCAAAUGGACAAGGUAAUGUAGGCCGUGAAAUUUGUACAAGGAUCAGAAAUCAUACUGAGGGUGUCGUGUUCAGCAAAAGAGAUGAUGCGCAUUUAAGUUUUUAAAUCAAAGGUGUCUUGUCACCUGCCUCCAAGCAUGGAAGCAAUGAAAGAAGGGAUGCUGAGGUACCACUCAAGUGUGACUGUUUGGGGAUCAUAUUAUAAUUGAAUAAACGCAGAUACAUUCUGUCUGACAACAAAAAAAACGUGGGAUAUUUCCCUGGACAAUUUACCUGACAACUCGCUGUUAAUCUUGAUAUCAUAAACCAAGAUAGCAGAGUUAGGAUAGGUUUACAUGACCAGGCAAACGUUAACAGUUUUUUCCUUCUGCUUUUUUGCAUGUGCGCCAACCACUUGUCCAACUGGACACAGGACAGGUAGUAUUGCAGAUAUGAAACAUGGGAUGUCUGAAAUUUCAGAGGUUCGACAAGGCAGUUUGCAGCUUAGAAUCAGUAUUUUCUACUUCUGAAGUCAGGGGUAGUCAUGUACUCUAAUUUGAGUGAGUGUGUUUGGGGGAAAACCAAAACAACAGUUGGAUUUGUAUUUUGA